AUGGAUUUCAAGUUGAUCGCUCUGUUUUUGGCCAUCUGUUUCGCCGGCGCUGUGGCCAUAGAAAUAAAACUUCCGGAGCCGGAGCCAAUCGAACUUCAAGAGGAGUGCAAGGUAGGAUAUGGACUUUAUUUAGAGUUUUUCAGGAUUUUUGAUGAGCUUCUUGAUUGUAAGGUUUAAUUCAAGAUUUGUUUUUCGAAAUUUUUAUUUGUAAAAUUGUGGUUUUUAGCAUUUUUUUUGUUUCCUUCUCCAUUUUUUCCUUUUAGGACAAGUUUGAAGAGCAAAGAGUCCACGAGCUCUUGGAACGCACGUGCGUCUCCUGUGCCCAACUCUUCAAGGAGGAAGACGAUUUCCACGCCAACUGUCGCGCCAAUUGCUACAAAAACAGCCACAUGACUAAGUGCAUCCUUGCUGCUGAUCCCGCCAAAUACCGUCAGUAG